GCCUCGGCCGGGGGAGGCGGCCCGCGGGCAGGGGCCGCGCGAUGUCGCACGGAGCCGGGCUCGUCCGCACCACGUGCAGCAGCGGCAGCGCCCCGGGAGCCGGGGCCGGCGCGGGGCCGCUGGGCGCCAGCUCCGCGGAGGGGCUGCUGGACCCCGUGUACCCCCGCACCCAGGCGGCGCUGCUGAAAGUGGCGCAGAUGGUCGUGCUGCUGAUGGCGUUCAUCUGCGUGAGGUGCUCCGUGUGGACCAGCUACAGUGCCUACAGCUACUUUGAAGUGGUCACCAUCUGCAACCUAAUCAUGAUCCUCACCUUCUACCUGGUCCACCUCUUCCGCCUGUACCGCAUGCUCACCUGCAUCAGCUGGCCCCUGUCGGAACUCCUGCACUAUUUAAUCGGUACGCUGCUCCUCCUAAUCGCGUCCAUCGUGGCAGCUUCCAAGAGUUACAGCCAGAGUGGCCUGGUGGCUGGAGCGAUCUUCGGUUUCCUGGCCACCUUCCUCUGCCUGGCGAGCGUGUGGCUGUCCUACAAGAUCUCGUGCAUGACCCAGUCAACAGAUGCCGCCGUCUGAUGCGGUCACAGCCCCCCGGCCCUGCAGGAGGCCCUGCAGGAGGCCCUGCAGGACGUGUGACCCCGCGGACGGAGGGUCCUGAGCCAGCGGCCGCAGGAGAGACCGGGUCCUCGGACCGGUGGGCGCAGGAGGGGCCCUUCCCCCGGCUCCUGAGCGGCUCCAGCCUCUCUGCAGCCUUCCGCACGUCCUCUGAGAAUAUUCCUCUCGUCUGGGGAAGAAAUGCAGCCUCCCGGGAAAUCUGAUCUCUCCCUCCUGCUUUAGAACCGCCUCAGGGACUGAUCUCUACACCGCCCCCCACCCCCCUUUAGGUGAUGGGGGUGGUUCUGAAUCCUCCUGCGAAACCUGCCCCUCCCCCCAGCACUCGGGGAGGGGCGCUGCCUUAAGUCCUCUUAGGAAAACACAGCCACCUCCUAAUUUAUCUCGCUUGGAAAUCUGGUCUUGAAGGUACCCUCUUUCUUAAAGUGAGGCCUUGGGAGCACCGUGCGGUCUGCCUGCCCCAAAUAGGAGAUCUCACGGCUCCUUUCCUGUUACCAUUGUGUACGUUACGUGUAUGUGUGUUUUUUAAUAAAAUGUUGGC